AUGAAUCGUUUGAAAGAAGCUCCCGAGUCACUCGCUUUAGACGCUUUCCUCACCACCUCCUCCCUCGGAGGGAGACUGGCCAGAGUUCGCACCGAACACCCAAACCCUAAAAUCCGAUCAGAAGCAAACGAUCUUCUUUACACUUGGAUGAGGUACCUUUACGCCACCGGAGAUUCCAAGAGAGACAAAGUGCGUGAGAUUCUGCAAAAGUCUCUGUCUAAAGUCGCUGAUGAGGUUCGUGUUGAGAUGAAGAAACGAGUGGCUGAUUGUGAUCCUUGGGAUGUGGCUGUUUCCGUGGAAUCUGCCAUGUUUGAGAGAUUCGGUUGUUUCGAGGGAAAGCAAAAACCAAAAUACAGAUCGAUCUUGUUCAACAUCGGAGAUAGUAACAAUCCUGACCUAAGGAGGAAAGUCUUGACUGGUGAGAUCAGUGGAGAGACUGGUGACGAUGGAGAGAGAAGAGAUGGGAAGUGA